AUGGGUGGAGACACUUCCAUUAUGUUUUAUCUAUGGGUGCUGUUUUUGGUAUAUUUACUGGAUUUUAUUUUUGGAUUGGAAAAAUUUCUGGUCGUAGAUAUCCAGAAGUUUUAG